UCCUAUUCAGUCGGCUCGAUAGUGUUUACUUCAGCAUGGUGAAAGUGUCGAAGAAAAGCAGAAAGACCAUGAGCAGAAAAGAGAGUGUUAAAAAACGCUCCCUGGUGACCGGGGAGGACGCAGCGGUGAAGUCGGACGUAGUCUACGACGACGCGGGAGAGGAGGAGGAUUUAAACGAGGCAGAUGAAAACAUCACAAGUGAGGAGGAGGAGGACGGCAGGGAUGAACGAAAACGCCAAAAGCUGCUGGAGGCCAUCAGCUCUCUCGGGGGUAAGAGGAAAAAGAAGUUGGGGGAGAGGUCCGAGGCGGCCGUCCAGAUGUCCGAGUUCACGGUCAACGCGGAGGGCGAGGGCGACAAAGUCGACCUGUCAGACCUCAUCCGGACCAUGGACAAAAACCCCACUGUUCCUGCCAAGACCAAGAAGCAGCUGAAGACCCUGCAGCAGAGCAGUAAGACCGUUGAAUGUCCUCUCAGCAAACAGGAGACCGAGAGGAUCCAGAGGGAUGUUGCCUUUCAGAAGGCAGCCUCAGAGGUGUCCUGGUGGAAAGGUGUCAUCAAACAGAAUCAGAGGGCCGAGCAGCUGGUCUUCCCCCUGAACCAGGAGCCCUCUGGUCCCAAACCCAUGGAGAGGGUGGUCAACGGCUGGAAGGCGCAAACCCCGCUCGAGCAGGAGAUUUUUGCCCUUCUGUCCGUCAACAAGCAACCCAUCAACGACCCCAUACUGACCCCUGCUGAGGAAGCUUCGCUGAGGGCAAUGAGUCUGGAGGACGCCAAGAUCCGCCGUGCAGAGCUGCAGAAAGCCCGGGCCCUGCAGUCCUACUACGAGGCCAAGGCCCGGAGAGAGAGGAAGAUCAAGAGCAAGAAAUACCACAAAGUGCAGAAUAAGGCCAAGCGUAAAGAGUUCCUGAAGCAGUUUGAUGAGAUGGUGAAAACCGACCCGGCUGCUGCCUUAGAGGAGCUGAACAAGAUGGAGCUGGCCAGGAUGCAGGAGAGGAUGUCGCUGAAGCACCAGAACAGCGGCAAGUGGGCCAAGUCCAAGGCCAUCAUGGCCAAAUAUGAUGAGGGGGCUCGCAAAGCCAUGCAGCAGCAGCUGGAGGUGAACAAAGACCUGACCCAGAAGCUUGUGACAUCACAGAAUAAUGAGGAAGAGGAGGAGGAUAAGGCAGCUGGUGCAGAGCUGAUGCCUGAUUUUGUGAAUGAUGCAGUGCAAGGGCUGGAUUCUUCAAACCCCUGGAUGAGAUGCAAGCUCUCUGUAGAUCCCACAGAGAUGAGUGGCACUGUGGAUCUGACAGCAGAGGGGGCUAGAGUGGAGGGAAAUACAGCUGAGGAAGAAGAAGAAGAGGAGGAGGAGGCGGUGAAGGAAACAGAGGAGGAAGCACUACUCAGAGAGUUCAACAGCAAGAGGAAACAUCGUCAGGUUCAGGAGGCUGACAUAGAACCUGUGAUAUGUUUGGACGAUGAUGAUGAUGAGGAGGAGGAGAGUAAAGCUACAGCAGAGGACAAAGAGGAGCAGGAGCUGUCAGAGUUCACGAGCCUCCUCCGAGGACUUGCAGACGCCCGGCGGGAUGCUGAGGCGGAGCACGCAGAGGCAACAGCAGACACUUCAGCUCAGCUGGAAGAAGGGCUGACGAGGAUCAGGACUCUGGAGGAUGUGGAGCUCCUCAGUCAGGAGGAUUCAGCCGCUGAUAAAGAACCUGUUCAGCCCUCACUGCCCCCUGCCACAAAAAACCUGCCGCCUGCAGCUCCAGUCAGGGAGAAAAACAGGAAGAGGAAGAGAGGGAUUGAGCUGAAACAAGUUCUCACCAAAGAGACAAAAGUCAUCCAUGUCCCACUCACUCCAGCGGUCGAAGAUGCAGAGGACUCAGAUGAAAAGCUGGACCAGAGGGGGCUCAUCAAAGAGGCGUUUGCCGGAGAUGACGUCAUCUCAGACUUCUUGAAGGACAAGAGGAAGCAGGAAGACAUGGGGAAACCGAAGGUGGUGGACCUGACACUGCCUGGGUGGGGGGAGUGGGGAGGGACAGGCCUCAAGCCAUCCCGCAACAAACGCAGGAGGUUCAGGAUUAAGACUGCCCCACCUCUGCCCAGGAAAGAUAACCACCUGCCCAGUGUCAUCAUCUCAGAGAAAAGAAACAGCUCCAUCAGCCUCCACCAGGUGAACACGCUGCCCUUCCCCUUCGAGAACCACGCCCAGUUUGAGAGCACCAUCCGCUCUCCCAUGGGCCGCACCUGGAACACAGAGCGGACCGUCAGAAAGAUCACCAAGCCCAAGGUGGUCACCCAGCUGGGUGCCAUCAUCGAGCCCAUGGCCCGGGAGCAGCUGAUGAAGAACAAGAAGCUGGUGCCUCCUGGGAGUAAACAGAGUGUGGACUUAAAGAAGAAAACCAAACCAAAAUGAUCAGGACAAGCAGCUGCUGUGUGGACAUUAAACUGUGUGUGUGAGGGAUGAUGAUCAGUUCAUGUGUUUCAGUGUUUAUGGAGCUCAGAUAAUCUGUUUCACAAAUUCUAUAACUCAUCUUUUUUCUAUAAUUCUUUCAUAUUGUGUAUUUGAUAUUAAAAUGUGUUAAAUCAAAUAUAUAAAAGUAGUUAAGAUUUCAAAUAAAUUCCAUCUGCGGAGUUAAAGAUAUGGUUGUAAACUCAUGAGUUGGGUUAUGUGUGUGUUAUUUGGAUCCAUUCAGCCCUUUGCAGCUGCGUCAGCUGUGAGAUGCACUGUAACAGCUAUAUUUGUAAUGAACAGGACACCAUACCAUGUUGAUCCUGCCUGCUGCUGUCAUACAGGUCGUGUUUUAAGAUACUGCGGAACAUUUCCAGUCUUUGUGUCCUGCACAGCUGAAUCUGCAGAGCCAGAAAAAUCUGAAAUGAAGAGAGGAAGUUCUCCUGCAGUCCUCAUGUUCAGAACAGCUGACCCUGUAAAAUGACUUCAGGGUGUCAAAGCAUCUAAGUAUUAACAGCAAAAUGUCCCCAAAGUAUCAGAAGUAAAACUACUCAUUAUGCAGACUGGCUGACUAUAUUAUUAUAGGCCUGUUUUUUAUUAUAUUAUUAUUAUUAUGAUUGAUGAAUUUAAUAAAACAGUAUUUUA